GCCCCCGACGGGCCACUGGUGUGGGUGCUGUGGGAGGGAAUGAAAGAUGGCAAAGAAGCGUCCGUCUGUCCGUGCGGACGGGGGCAGGUCCACGGUCGUUCUUGGCGGGGAAAGUCACGUUGGAAAUAAGGUCUCUUCCCAAUGUGAAUCCGGCUUCCGACUCUGUCGUGGGGGGAGAACGGCCCAAAAGCCUCAUCAGCCCCCCUGCCCCACAAGCGACCCGGAGAGACGGGUGCCCACAGAUCCCCCACCCCUUCCUCUCGGAAAUCCCCCAGCGCGCUCGGACCAGCAAGCCGCUGCCGUCUUGGUUCGCUGCUGUGGGCCCAGCCUCCCACGGUGAGGGGCGUGGGGCUGUAGCCAGCAGGUCAUAGGACAACAGAAGCUAAACUCAACGCACACACAGAGGGCGAUGGCCGCCGAGACGCUCAAUUUUGGACCGGAAUGGCUCCGCGCGCUGUCCAGUGGGGGGAGCGUGGCUUCCCCCCCGCCCUCUCCUGCCAUGCCAAAGUACAAGCUCGCUGAGUAUCGCUACGGCAGAGAAGAGAUGCUAGCACUUUAUGUCAAAGAGAACAAGGUCCCGGAGGAGCUCCAGGAUAAGGAAUUCGCUGCCAUUCUCCAGGAAGAGCCGCUGCAGCCGCUGGCCCUGGUCCCACUGACGGAGGAGGAGCAGAGGAAUUUCUCCAUGUCUGUGAACAGCGUGGCGGUGCUGAGGCUGAUGGGAAAAGGAGGCGGAGCCGCUCCCACUGGAGUCUCCCGGGGGAGGGGCAGUACCCGGAGCCGAGGCCGGGGCCGAGGCGAGAGCGGGUUUUACCAAAGAAGUCCGGAGGAACCGGAGGGGGCGUUUGGGCGCGGGGCCCGGGAGAUCCACCGCAGCCAAAGCUGGGAUGACAGGGGCGAGCGGCGGUUCGAGAAGCCAACCCGGCGGGACGGAAGCCGGGCUCCCUUCGAGGAGGGGGCCCUGCCCCCCCGCAAGGACUAUGCUCGCUCGGACAGCAACAACUGGCGGACGCUGCGGGAGGAGCAGGAGGAGGAGGAGGAGGCGGGGGGGGGUGCCGGGCCCACCCCCGCCGGGGCGGCCGCGGGGGGCAGCUGGCGGCUGAGCGGGGCCCGGCGCGAGAGCGAGCGCUGGCGGUCGGCCAGCCCAGACGGCGCCCCCCGCUCGGCCGGCUGGCGGGAGCACCCCGAGGGCCGGCGGCGCAAGUUCGACUUCGACUUCCGGGAGCGGGAGGAGGAGCGGGGCGGGCGGCGGCACCGGGGCAGCGACAGCUUCGAGGACGACAAGGAUGGGCUGCCCGAGUGGUGCAUGGACGACGAGGACGAGGAGAUGGGCACCUUCGACUCCUCCGGCGCCUUCAUGCCCCUCAAGAAGAGCCCCAAGGAGCCAAUCCCUGAGGAGCAGGUGUUCGACUUCCAUCCGUUGCAGGAAGAUGACGAGAGGUCGGAGGGGAAGGAGGAUGCCGAGCCUGGCUCGAAGGAGGCCCCUGAGAAAGAGGCCCGGAAGGAUCCCGCGACGGCCCUGGAGGAGAAGAGAUGUUCCCCGCCCGGCGCCCCCUGGCUGUCGGGCCCCCCCUUUGCUGCUACUGUUGCCACUGCCACUAGUGAAUGUGAGAGCACCCUGCUGGGGGGCUCGGACCCCGCCGCGCCCCUUGGCACCUGCGACAAGGAGCCGAAGGCUGCUGCGGAAGGGGACCCAGGCGUCCUGGGCCUCCCGUCUCAGCUCAGCCCAGGCGCGGUCUCCACCCUCCCCUCCCCUUCCUCCACCCCCAAUGCUGCUACUGAGUUCUCCAUCGGGGACGCCGAGGACGACGAUGGGAUGAAACAUCUUCAGCAGGAAGCCGAGAAGAUGGUGGCCGCGCUCCAGGAGAGCUCCAUGGACGAGGAGCGCUUCACCCAGGCCAUCCAGGAGCCUCGCAACACGGCUGCCGCCCUGCCCCUCUCCCACGAGGCCGCCAUGAAGUGGUUCUACAAGGACCCCCAGGGGGAGAUCCAAGGGCCCUUCACCACGCAGGAGAUGGCGGAGUGGUUCCAGGCCGGCUAUUUCACCAUGUCGCUGCUGGUGAAGCGAGGCUGUGACGAGGGCUUCCAGCCGCUGGGCGAGGUGAUCAAGAUGUGGGGAAGAGUGCCUUUCGCUCCGGGCCCGUCGCCGCCCCCGCUGCUGGGGAACCUGGACCAGGAGCGGCUGAAGAAGCAGCAGGAGCUGGCCGCGGCCGCCCUCUACCACCAGCUUCAGCAUCAGCAGUUUCUGCAGCUCGUCAACAGGUACCUGCCAGACAGGCCGCAGUUCGCCCAGUGCGCGCUGCAGCAGAAGCUGGCGGCCGGGGACCUGACCCAGCAGCAGCUCACGGCUUUCCUGCAGCAGCUGCAGGCUCUGAAACCCCGAGCUGGGGAGCAGAACCUGAUCCCGGCGAUGAACCGAUCCAUGUCCGUGCCAGACACAGGGUCCCUGUGGGACACGCAUACCUCAGCCUCACAGCCCGCAGGCGGUGAGGCCAGUCUAUGGGAUAUACCAAUUACUUCUUCAACUCAGGGUCCAAUCCUAGAACAACUGCAACUGCAACAGAAACUCCAGGAGCGGCGCGAUGCGGAACUCAGGGCUAAGCGGGAGGAGGAGGAACGCAAGCGGCGCGAAGAGAAGCGGCGCCAGGAGGAGCAGAAGCGGCGCGAGGAGGAGGAGCUGUAUCGGCGCAAACAGUGCCGGCAGCAGGAGCUGGUGCUGAAGCUGCUGCAGGCGCAGAGCGCGGCACCCUGGGGGGGCCUGGCCAAGCCCCCCGGGGGCAUGAAGGCCCUGCUGGAGCUGCAGGAGAGCGAGCGGCAGCUGCAGAAGCAGCAGCGGGCGCAGCAGAGAGCGCACGGGGGGCUCGGCCUGAACAGCCCCUCGCAGUGGGGCGCCGACUCCGGCCAGCUGUGGAGCAGCCAUGAGAAGAGCAGCCCGUGGGACGAGGGCGUCAAGAAUGUGAGGAGCCUGGGCCUGAAGAGCAGCCGCAGCAGCCCCUCCCUCGGGGACAGCUACGGGGGGCCGGGCCGGCAGAGCCGGAAGAAGACGGACGAGGAGGAGAAGCUGCUCAAGCUGCUGCAGGGGAUCCACAAGCCCCAGGACGGCUUCACGCAGUGGUGCGAGCAGAUGCUGCACGUCCUGAACAGCUGCAGCAACCUCGACGUCCCCACGGUGGUGGCGUUCCUGAAGGAGGUGGAGUCCCCCUACGACGUGCACGACUUCAUCCGCUCCUACCUGGGCGACACCCCGGAAGCCAAAGAGUUUGCCAAGCAGUUCCUGGAGCGCCGCGCCAAGCAGAAAGCCAGCCAGCAGCGCCAGCAGCAGCAGGAAGCCUCCUGGCUCAGCUCCAGCAACCUGCCCUCCCCGUUCCCGGCCAACCACGGCACCAAACAGCCGCCCUUCGAGGGCAGCCAGCCGGUGAAGAUCAAGAGGAGACCGGUCAUGCUGCACGCUGACCCCAGCAUCCUGGGCUAUUCGCUGCACGGCCCGUCAGGCGAGGUGGAAAGCAUUGACGACUACUGAGGUCUCGUAGCAAUAGGAACUCUGCUGCCUUCUUAACCGAUUCAGUCUUACCUGAAUGUGCACUGCGAAAGGACGAGGCGGCCGUGCUGCGCCCUCCCCUUUCCUCCGCCCUGCCCCCCGGCGAGCGGGGGGCACUGGGGCUGGCGGGGGGGCGGGGCGGCGCGUGCGCUCGGAUCAGGGGGCGCCGGCGACCCGCCUUCGGAAGAGGAGUAUGUGUGAGCACUUCUUUCUCCAACACACGAAGCACCUUAAAAUGCAACCCGCUGAUGCACUUUAUCGAGACUUUUUACAAAGAACUCAUAAAAAAAAAAAAAAGGAAAAAAAAAUGGAUUUUUUUGUUGAUUCUGGAGGAAAUUUUUAUAAAGAAACUUUAAAAACAAAACAAAAAUCGCUCUAGGAAACACUGUUAUUUUCACACGGGACGAGGAGAGACGUGAAAAUUCGAGAAGGGGAAAAGAGAAGAUUUCAUUUAAAAAAAAAACAAAAACAAAAAAACCCACAAAAAUAGCAAAACUUGAAGAAAUGCACUUACUGCCCGGCCCGCUUGUCGCGAGCUGGCCUGGUGUCUCGCGCUGCGGGGCUGGAUGUAAAUAUCGCUAUAUACACAGCUCGACACGGGAGGUUUGCUCUCGCCAUGUUUGUUUUUCUCUUUUUGGAAGAGACCUUGCUUUUUUUUUUGUUUGUUUCUUUUUUUGAAAGUUGCACAACCGUGAAACAACCGACUUGCCCCUCCCGCUGGUUCCCUCGUGGUGCGCGGGAGGAGUGGGGCAGAACGGCAACGCUAAUGACGGCAGCCGACUCCGGUCCCUGGAGCCGGGUGCUCUUCCCGCGAGCUCCCGCUACUCACCUGGCUCAGGGCGAGCUCCUAACCGGCAAAGCUCUCCUGGCUUCCUGCCAGUUCCUGUCCCCCGUUACGGGCCGCCCAGACGCCUCGGAGCUCCCCCGUUACGGGCCGCCCAGACGCCUCGGAGCUCGCCCAGACGCCUCGGAGCUCCCCCGUUACGGGCCGCCCAGACGCCUCGGAGCUCGCCCAGACGCCUCGGAGCUCCCCCGUUACGGGCCGCCCAGAUGCCUCGGAGCUCGCCCAGACGCCUCGGAGCUCCCCUGUUACGGGCCGUCCAGACGCCUCGGAGCUCCCCUGUUACGGGCCGCCCAGACGCCUCGGAGCUCGCCCAGACGCCUCGGAGCUCCCCUGUUACGGGCCACCCAGAUGUCUUGCCUCGCUUCCUGCAAGCUUCCAGGCCCUGCAAGCUCCCUGCAUCAAGCUCCGCCUCCCCGGCUGGAUUUCCUCUACAAGCUCCGCCUCCCCGGCUGGAUUUCCUCUACAAGCUCCGCCUCCCCGGCUGGAUUUUUCCCCACAAGCUCCGCCCCGUGAAGCCAGCCUCCUCUCUGCCCCGCUGGGCAUUACGCUGCCCAGCUGAUAGGAAGAUGAUUUCUUCUGCCCAUGGUUUUUUUGGGGGGGUUGCGAGGCCCUUUUUUUUUUUAUUAAGCUCUCUGGGCAUCUCGUUUAUCUAGCCUUUCCCGCGCCCCAUUAGACGUGCGCCCCCAUCCCAGUGGCCCUUGGUUGGGGCGGGGUUUGUUGGUUGGUUUGGUUUUCUUUCUUUCUUUUUUUUUUUUUUGGACGGAGGAGCAUUUUUGUGCGUGCGGCGGCUGGGGGGCUUGCCCCCGCCCCGCACUCAUUGAUGAAUGUAUCUUUGGACAAGAAUUGGAAAGACAAAAUCCGCCAGCCCCUCCCAGCACCCGGCUGGGGCUGCGGCUUAGACCCAAGUAAAUAAAGCUCCGGUCACACUCUCUCUCGAGGUAGAGAGAGAGAGAUAUAUAUAUUUUUUAAAAACCGAGAAACAGUUGGGUUUUCUGUGACCGAUCCCCACCCGGAGAGGUGAGACAUUUCUCUCUCCAUAAUGCAGCUGUACAGAUUUUGGAGGGGAGGGAGAAACCGUUGGUUCGUUUGUUUUUUCGUUUUUUAAAUUUGGGCUUGAAUAUUUUGUUGUUUUUUUUUAAUUGCGCGUAUGGAUCUGUUGUUUCUUUGUUUACAGCCCGUCUCUGGGGCCUCGUGUCUCACGGGACGGUUGCCACUACACAGGGUACCUUUCCGAGUCGUCGAAAUCUUCCCGAGGAGGAGACGUUUUUAUUUUAUUCCCCCCCCCCCCCCCCCCAAGUCAUCCCGUUGGAAAUCAGUGUGCGGGAGGAGGGACGUUCUCCCAGCCUUCGCGCGAGACGACAUGAAGCUUUUCCCCGGUUGCGGCGAGCCAGGAACCCCGCGUGGAAGCCGUCCCGCCGCACGGCCAGACUUACAGUUUCUGACGGGUGUUCUUCCUCCCCCCGCCCCUGGAUUGUUGGUGUUGUGUUGUUUUUUUCAGACCAGUGCAGCUUUCGGGGUUAACCCCCCCCCCGCCCAUUGGGUUUCCGUUUGUUUUUUAACGUUUGUGGUUUAUGAAUUUUUCAGUCGACCAAAUGGCAAAGACACUUUUUUUUUUUUUUUAUUUUUGAGAUGUAUGUCGAAAGUUGGGGUUGGUUUAUUUUUUGGUCCGGGACCUCCUUGGUUUUGGUAGGCCCUACAACAAAUACUGUGAGGUUCCAUGGUUACUGUGUUAGCGGGAAUAGGGGGUCACCCUGCCUCCUUCCCCCACCUCUCCUUCGCUCGGUCAAUGGAUCAAAGGACACAAGAUUUGGAUGUGACCUGAUCUGGUUUUUCACCCCCUUUGCCCCUUCAGUCAGUAUUGGCCUGUAGUGGCCUCCGCGCGGUCAGCGUGCAAUAGGCCGGCAAAGGAUUUACCCCCCACCCCUGUUUGCUGUGUCACAGAGCCCCCGCGGCGCCGGGGGGGGCGACUGAAUCUCCACCCGCAGGCGAGGGUCCCGCGCCUCGGGCCGGCGAGGGUCCCGGGGGGAACCAAUGAGCUGAUGGUUUCCCGGAUCCGGCUGGGAGCACCCCUUGGGACUCUUGGGGCAGCGGGGGACAAUCUGACGCCCCAGGAUCUCUGGCUGACCUCAGGCCUGGGCCGCCCCCCUGGACUGGGCUCAGGUGGGGGGCGACCAGCUCUCACCGCGCCCCCGGUCGUGUUUGAAUUUGCCACAAGAAUGUAUUCGGUGAUUCGUCGCUCUCGGACCUUUCCAGCUAAGGGCUGUCUCCCCGGUUCGCUUCUCCCCCCGCUAUCCAGCAGGGUGGGGGGGCAUUUACACCCCCCCCCCCCCCCGAGCAAUCUGACUCUACAGGGGUCGAGCCGAACCAUCUCCUCUGGCCCCACGGUGGAGACCGGCCGCCGGCAGGACGUUUUCUAUCCACCGCGGGGGCGUUUCCCCGGCCGCACGGGUUCCUGCAAAAUUUGCCUUAUCUCCACAUUGGGUGUUUGGGUUUUUUUUCCGAAGAAAAGGGAAACCGAGGCCGGGGCAGUAUUAGCCCGGUGGCCAGCCGCCGGGCCGGGCCGGACCGGACGUGGGUUUUCUAUCUAGCAAUAACGAACUGAACUCGGUCGCUUUCCACCUGCCGUGGGGGGGCUGGGCGGCGAGCCGUGCCAACGCGCAUCCGCCCGCCGGACUCGCGGGGACCUCCCCCCGGGGAUUUCUCAAGCCGCCCGGCGGGGUCAAGCCAGGGGGAGGAACCCCCUGGUUCUUGUGUGUGUGUCUCGCCCGCGUGGAAUUAAAGUUUGUAGAUAUUCCCCGCC